AUGGUUCCGAGAGUGAGUAUCCAGAGUGUCCUGGGAGUCCUGGUGGUCCUGCAGGGUGUCCUGGGGGAAGGAUGGCACCACGAGGAGCCCCAUGUGGCGUACGAAGAUCAUCAUCAUCACGUCAAGACGGUGGAGGUCACCAAGAAGGUUCCCGUACCCUACCCAGUCACUGUGUAUAAGAAGGUGCCCUACCCAGUUAAGGUGCAUGUCGACAAACCCUACCCAGUUCAUGUGCCCAAGCCAUACCCAGUGUACGUAGAGAAGAAGAUACCCUACACAGUCAAAGAAUACGUCCCCCAACCGUACACUGUGUACAAAAAGGUACCAUACACAGUUAAGGUUCCCGUCGACAAACCAUACCCCGUCCAUGUGCCCAAGCCCUACAACGUCUAUGUCGAGAAAAAAGUCCCAUACGCUGUAGAAAAACAUGUCCCGUACACAGUCAAAGUUCCCGUAGACAAGCCUUACCCCGUACACUACCCUGUGUACAAGCACGUGCCUUACACCGUCGAGAAGAAGGUACCUUACCCUGUACAGGUCCCUUAUGAGAAGCCUUACCCCGUCCAUGUGCCUAAACCAUACCCCGUCUACGUAGAGAAGAAGGUGCCUUACACCGUAGAGAAGCCAGUGCCUUACCCAGUCAAAGUGCCUAUCCAUGUGCCAGUACACCAUGAGGAACACCACGAAGAACACCAUGAGGAGCCCAAGGAGCACUAUGGUGAAGACCUUGGUGGAUAUGAGCACGAGGAGAGCAGUCAUUUUAAACGGGACACCAAAAAAGACACUUCACAAUAAAUUGUAGGCAUAUUUUUGUAAUAAUAAAUUUGUACUUUUGUAAAA